AUGAGUCGCUCGGAGGUCGACCUUCAAAAUGCAGUGAAGAAGGCAUGUAACAACGAUGAAGUGCCACCUAAGAGAAAACAUGUGAGAGCAUGUAUUGUUGACUCUUGGGACCAAAAGAAUUCCCGAGCAUUCUGGAACGCAAUCAAGGUCCAACCAUUACAAAGCAAUGAAGUUCAGUUAUUCAAGGCAUUGAUAAUGAUGCACAAGGUAUUACAAGAGGGUCAUCCCAACUGCUUGAAAGAUGGUUACCGUAAUCGUGAUUUCAUCCAAUCACUUGGAAGAGUGUUCCCUUCCCAGGGCCUGGGUUACGGGAGGUUGAUCUCACAAUACGACAAGUACAUCUUGCAAAAGUUGGAUUUCCAUCGGAAUAACCCUAAUUUUACAGGGAUGUUUGAAUAUGACGAAUAUAUUUCAUUGCGAGCUGUUAAUGACCCCAACGAGGGAUAUGAACUGUUACUUCAAUUAAUGGAUUUACAGGAUCUGAUUGAGAACCUUCAAAAGUUGAUCUUUGCCACAAUUGCUCAAACACCAAAUAACUUGUGCAGAAUCAGUGCUUUAGUUCCAUUGAUCUCAGAAUCAUACGGAAUCUAUAAGUUCUGUACUUCAAUGUUAAGGGCAAUGCACCAGCAAUUGGGUGACGACGAGGCAUUGAUGGGCUUAUUCGACAGAUUCAACUCACAGCACUUUAUGUUACGGGACUUUUACACUGAUUGUCAAUCACUCAAAUUUUUAACCAGUAUUGUCACCGUUCCCAGAUUACCAAACAACCCUCCUGAUUUGAAGGUUAGUGACGAUGAUAAUGCAAUUCCAUCAAGACCUGCUGAAUUGUCAUCUCAACCAACAGGAUAUUCUAAUACUCAAAGUUCGGAGAAUGGAUUCGAUAGGGAACCUCAACCCCAACCCCAAUUGUCAUACCAACCAACUGGUGUUGCUUUUUUACAACAACAACAACUUGAACAGGAGCGUAUCCAAAGAGAUUUAGAAUUGAGACGUCAGCAACAAGUUGAAGAACAGAUGCAGCAACAAAGAUUAUUCGAAGAGCAACAACGGCAACAAGCUCAAUCUUUUAUGCAACAACAACAAAUGUUACAACAACAGCAGACUCAGCAACAACAAUCUCGUGUCGCCGAAUUAGAGCAUGACUUGCUUAUGUUCAAAAGUCAAUAUGAUAAUGAUCAACAGUUAUUGCAACAAUAUGAUGGUCGGGUUAAGGGAUUGGAAACUGAAUUGAUGACUAUAAAUAAUACUGCAAGUGAACAAGUUGCAGCCAAAGAUGAACAGAUUCGGAAUUUGGAAGAGCAAAUUAGCAAUUGGUCAAAGAAAUACGAAUCAUUAGCUAAGUUGUACUCGCAGUUACGUCAAGAGCAUUUGAACUUAUUGGCAAAGUUCAAAAAGAUUCAACAAAAAAUCAAUAGUGCCCAAGAAUCAAUCUUAAAAAAGGAAAAGUUUGAGAAGGAUUUGAAGGCCAAAAAUAUUGAGUUAGCAGAUUUGAUCCGUGAGCGUGACCGUGCAAGAUUGGAGUUGGAUAGACUUAAGGCAACGAAGGAUCAGGAAAUUGAAAAGCUUGAGGCUCAAUUAAGAGAAACUAAUAUUCAAUUGAACGAAUCAGGAAAAAUGCAAUCAUUGAACAUGUCUACAAUCAUAUCCAGACAUCAAAGCGAAAUGGAGAAUUUGAGAAAACAAUUAGAGCAACAGAACGGUAAUGCCAAAGGCUUAGAAGUGUCCGAACUUGAGCAGAAAUUGAAAGAAAAGGAAAUUGAUUUGGAAAUUGCACAUGAAUCGUUAGAAAGUGCUCUCAAUGAGUUGGCUUUAAGCAAGAAUGACCAAGAUGAUGUUGUUAAUGCUCAAAUUGACCACAUACUUUUGAAAAACAUUGAAAAACAGAAGAAUUUGGUUGAUAUCUUCUUGGCAAGCAGCGCUAAAAGAAUUGCAAACACGAAGCAUGAAUUAUCCAAUCCAAUGCAAGCUGGUAAUUUGAAUGCCUCUGCAGAAUAUUUUUUGUCUAUUAUUGAAGUAUGCUCUGACUUAGCAACUGAUUUUGCAAGAACCUUCAAUAAUUAUCUUGUUGAAGGUAAGCAAACAUAUGGAGAUGAUGAGAAUUUGAGUAUCUCUGAGAUUAUUUUAACAAGCAGUGAAUUGGUAAACAAUUUGAAUGAUAUUAUGUUGAAUGGAAAGGGUGUUUGUAAUUCAGUCUCUAAAGAGAAUGAAGAUAACGUGUAUGCUCGAAUAGAAGCUACUCUCAACAGUACGGAAACAUUUUUCAUGGAAUUACACUCACUGAAGUUGGGCAAACUUGAAAACGAAGAAGAUCGAAUUGAUAAAGUCAUUGACUGUAACGUGCAAUUACAAAAUGACUUGCAAGAACUUGGAAGAUAUGUCGAUGACAACAUGAGAUCAAGUAGUGGUAUAGAUUUCCAAGGAAACUUAGAAAGUUUAGUUGAUAGUGAGAUGAACCAGGCUGUCAACAUUGUUGACAAGGCCACUACCUUUUUGACUCAGUUGAUGAUUAAAGGUGGUCAUUUAGAAGUUCACGAAGCAAUCUUAAAUGCGGCUAAAGCUAUUACCGAGGCCAUAAAAUUGUUAAUAAUUGCUGCAACUAACUCUCAGAAGGAAAUUGUUGAUAAGGAGAAGGGUUCCAGCUCACCAACUGAUUUCUACAGAAAAAACAGUAGAUGGACAGAAGGGUUAAUAAGUGCUUCAAAAGCUGUUGCUGGUGCCACAAACAUUUUAAUCCAAACCGCUGAUGGUGUUUUACUGGGAUCAAAUUCAAAUGAGCAAUUGAUUGUGGCUUCAAAUGAAGUUGGUGCAUCCACGGCACAAUUGGUUGCAGCUUCAAGGGUUAAGGCAAAGUUUAAGUCCAGAGAGCAAGAUAAGCUCGAAAUCGCAUCAGUUCAAGUUUCAGCAGCUUGCAAGUCUUUGGUCUCUAAAGUUCAGUCUUUGAUUUCGAAGGAUGAGGAUAAUAAGUUCAAUGUUGACUUGAGCAAGUUGACUACAUACGAAGGAAAGACACUCGAAAUGGAGCAACAAGUUGAAAUUUUGAAGCUCGAAAAUAUGCUCAGCUCAGCCAGAAAGAGGCUAGGAGAAAUUAGAAAACGUGGUUAUAAAGAUGAUAAUAGUGAUGAAGAAGUCUGA